UCUGCGAGUGCAGCAUAGCCGCAGACGGAAAGAUGUUCAGACUAUCUUGCUGUGUAUCAGAAUUUCUGAGCGUGGGCAUAAAGGAAGAUUAUCUCCAUUAAGUUAAUUGUGGACUUGCGGAAGCAGACGUGACGUAUUAGUAUAAUUUGAGCAAAGAACAGCAGUGACAACGCGCUUCUCACACGUGCGAUGUAAAACAUGGAUCAUCCAUCGUAUCAUGGACCUAUAACCAAGCAAAGAUGUGAGGAGUUGCUCGGCAAGAAAGGACGGGAUGGAACAUACCUCAUUCGGGACAGCGAAACCAUUCAGGGAGCUCUCUGCCUUUGUGUGUACAAACAAAAAGUGGUCUAUACUUACAGGAUCCUCCAAACCCACAACGGGGAAUUCACUCUACAGGCUAGUUCAGGUGUAGAGGAGAAGUUUUUCAAGACAAUGAAUGAACUUAUUCAUCAUUACAAGAGAAAGAAUCAAGGACUUGCAACGCACUUACGCCGAUCGCUAAAAAGAAAAACGUUUCAAGAUCAGCCUUUGCAAAGUGCUGGACCACUAGUGCCUAAUGAGGACAAUGACUAUGAAAAUGUCGAUUGCUCGGGGGACUAUGUUGUUGUUCUGCCGGACUGAUUUAGUCACAAUGUGACCAUCUGAUUGGAUCACUGGAUCAGCCAGUAUGAAUAAUAUAGAUGUGCUGUUACAGCUUCCAAGAACUUUCUGGCAUUUUCACCUCAAAUAUGGGAAAUGCAUGUGAAAUCGCAUUACUUGAAUCACAUUUUAGCAUGUUUUUAUGUGUGGAAAAUGCAUAAAUUGGGGAUGUUAAAUUUUAAUACUGUAAUGCUGUGAAUUUUAUGAAAGCCUGUUUUCUGCUAUGGAAUAAAAAGGUCAUUGCACAUUUUUAUCUCACAGUUUGGACAAAGUACCUUUUUAUUUAUUUUUUAUUCUGCAGCAGAAAUGGGCUUUCAUAGGAUUUUGGUGUUAUUUGUUCAUUGCGAAUUAUAGUAUUAUCACGGUCAUUUGAGUGAAAAGCUGAAUUGAAAGAUUAACAUGGUUUUCUGAAUGUUUUAGUAUUUGGUAUUGGUUUAAUGCCAAUGAUUUAAUAUACAGAGGAGUUCACAUGGCCAAUGUCACAUGUUUGAUUUAGUGUCCUAGAAAUAGUGCUAAAUAUUAAAUAUUGUUUAUUUAUUUGACAACAUUAUAGAAAUUCUAAAACAUGGUUUUAGAUUUUUAAUGUGACCUCAGACUUUUAAAUUCCAUUGUUUGUCACUGGUCAGUAAAGUCUGGUUGGAAUUGUAAUACUAAUCUGGUGUGCGUUUCCCAAAAGCAUCGUUAGCUAACUAUGUUCAUUAGUUCCAUUGAAAUCUAUUGGCAACGACGGAACUUACGACCAUAGUUGCUUUCGGGAAACGCACCCCUGGAUGGGAGAUAAGUGUGUCUGAUGAACUUAUCAUAACUCAGAUACAAGAAGAGAUUUUUGAUUGUAUAUAUUGUAUAUUGUAUGUACAGUUUAUAAAUAUAAACAGAGUCUGUAAUGACCUAUGCUAUGUUCCAUGAAUGUGCUGUCUUUAGGUUUUAACAUGUAAAUAUACAGGUGCAUUUCAGUAAAUUAGUGUUGUGGAAAAGUUCGUUUAUUUCAGUAAUUCAACUCAAGUUGUGAAACUUGUGUAUUAAAAAAAUUCAAUGCACACAGACUGAAGUAGUUUAAGUCUGGUUCUUUUAAUUGUGAUGAUUUUGUCUCACAUUUAACAAAAACCCACCAAUUCACUAUCUCAACAAAUUAUUUGGCUCUCAAUGCCUUGACCCCAGCCUCAGUCCAUUCCUUGUGAAGUUCACCCAAAUUCUUGAAUCAGUUUUGCUUGACAAGCCUCUCAAAGCUUUUUCUUCCACACUUUUUCCUUCCACUCAACUUUCCGUUAACAUGCUUGGAUACAGCACUCUGUGAACAGCCAGCUCUUUGGCAAUGAAUGUUUGUGGCUUACCCUCCUUGUGAAGGGUGUCAAUGAUUGUCUUCUGGACAACUGUAAGAUCAGCAGUCUUCCCCAUGAUUGUGUAGCCUAGUGAACCAGAGAGACCAUUUUAAAGGCUCAGGAAACCUUUGCAGGUAUUUUGAUUGGCAUGUCACCAUAUUCUAAUUUGUUGAGAUAGGGUUUUUGUUAAAUGUGAGCCAAAAUCAUCACAAUUAAAAGAACCAAAGACUUAAACUGCGUGCAUUGAAUUUAUUUAAUACACGAGUUUUACAAUUUGAGUUGAAUUAGUGAAAUAAAUGAACUUUUCCACGACAUUCUAAUUUAUUGAGAUGCACCUGUAUAUGAAGAGUUCAGAUGCAAAACCAGCUAAAUCCAUCUGACGUUUUUCUUUAAAAUGAGCGUUUCUUUCUGGCUACUUUGUAUAGGUUUCUAUGUAAGUACUGGUACUUCUGAUUGUGCUGAGGCUGGAAUUUAGCGAGUUUGAAGUAAAAGUAUUUGAUGGAUGUAUAAUAUGUGUCAGGAGCAUUAACUCAGUAUCAUUAUUUCAUUUUUGACCGAGAUGACUUUUAGCUGGUUUUGCAUCUGAACUCUUCAAAUAUAUAUAUAUAUACGGUCUUCUUUACCACAACUUAAAAUAGGUUGGCCCACAUGAGACGGUCAAAAAGUUUCCACUGCACCGUUCCUUUUGGUCAAAGACGGGAAACAAUGUAGUCUGAUGUGACUGUCUGAUUUGAAGUUUGGUUGGUGUUUUAAUAAAUAUAUCACUUGAUUAGCA